CCAGCAUGAUACAAAUAAGAGGCUGACUGGAAACCUUCUGCAGAGAAACACCUUCUCUUCACUGCCCUCAAGAUGGAGCCAAGCCUGCUGCUGUGGGGAAUCCUCACAUUCGUCGUGGUACAUGGCCACGUGACAGAACUGUGCGAUGAAAACCCGCCAGAUAUCCAACACGCCACAUUCAAAGCCCUCACAUACAAGACGGGCACCAUGUUAAAUUGUGAAUGUAAGAAGGGCUUCCGCAGAAUAAGCAACGGGUCAGCCUUCAUGCUGUGUGCAGGAAACUCGAGCCACUCCUCCUGGGAAAACAAAUGCCGGUGCAUAAGUACCUCCCCAAGGGCCACAGAUGGACAAGUUAUCCCUAAACCUGAAGAACAGAAGGGAAAAAGCCCCAUGGGAAUGCAGAGCCAAAUGCAGCCCACGGACCAAGUUAACCUUCCAGGUCACUGCAGGGAGCCUCCGCCCUGGGAACAUGAAGAUUCGAGGAGAAUUUACCAUUUUGUGGUGGGGCAGGCAGUUCACUACCAGUGCAUGCAGGGAUUCAGGGCCCUGCACAGGGGUCCUGCCAAGAGUGUCUGCAAAAUGAUCUGUGGGAAGGCAACGUGGACACAGCCCCCGCUCCAGUGCAUAAGCGAAAGGAGUGACGGCUGGUUUCCAGAUGACGAAGAGCCUCAAGCCAGCACUGAUGCUGCUCCUGGGAGUGACACUUCCUGUCCCUCAAUAACGGCAAGUACUACAGAUUUCCAGAAACAUACGGAAGCGUCUAUGACCACGGAGUCAUUCGUAUUCACAACCGAGUAUCAGAUAGCAGUGGCCGGCUGCGUCCUCCUGCUGAUCAGUAUCGUCCUUCUGAGCGGGCUCACCUGGCAGCGGAGAUGGAGGAAGAGUAGAAGAACAAUCUAGAAAACCAGGAGUGCUAAGAAGCCAAGAACACCUCAGAAAUCGCGGAGCACAAGCAAAAUCAAAUAAGUUGAACACUCACCCAAGACGCAUCUCCUGUGAGAUCUCCUGGGCUUUGGAAAACUCGGAAGCCACACGCCAGAGCCCCAGGCGCCUGCAACCUCAUUACAAAGCCAGCUCUCUAGUGCCAAUGAGUGAACUCGACCUGCUUCUGGGCAGCAAUUCUAAGGUCAUUGGAGGAACAGGGAGGGACAACCAGAACUCUAGGUCUUAUUUUCAUGUCUACAUGUUCAUUGAAGCUUGAGCACCAGGGGACUCUCUCCAUACCAUAUACAGGUUAAAGAAAAGUAGCUUCAUGUUCAUUUCAUCCAUACUUCCCAGUUUAGAAAUCCCAAGGAAAAUCCUAGCAUAGAAUAUAAAUAGACACACACACACACACACACACACACACACACACACACAUGCACACACACACACACACACACACACACACACACACACUCCUUACCCCAUGUAAUUGGACUCUCCAUUGAUUGAUGCAGAUCCCUGUCCCAGCUUCUGGGUGAUUAGCCCAUUCUCCUGGCCACAUUCCAUAAUGAACACCUUCCAAGAACUCUGAACCGGUAACUCUGAAUCUUUUUGUCCUUAGCUCUGUCUAAGCUAGCCUCGUUCCACUGAACCUUCUUCAAUUGUGAAUUUCUAAACAGAAGCCAUGGCAUAGUAAUCUUUGGGUAACACCAACAGAGGGCAACCGAGCCCUUGGGAUCACGGAGCUUCUGUAUUUAAAAGGAUUUUACUGGAGGUGUGCUGGAAAAGAAGGGUAAUCUAAGUCCCAGGUGAUGAACUGUAUCCAUGGCAAAGCUCUGCCUGAAUAUUACUAACAUGCCCCUUUAAGAUUUAGUUUCUGUGGGAUUGUUAUAAAUGAUUCUCUGAAUUUGGUCUGCAUGAAUGUGAUGUUUAGAGACAGAUGCAUAAUGUGUGAAUGUCUACAUUUCCAAAUCAGUGUCAUAAAAACACUGACAAGGGAUUAAAACAUCCAAUGUUUAUGGGCGGAAGGAAAGAAGAAGGAAGCGCAAAGCAGGGAGGGAGAUCAUGCUGACAGAGUGUAACGUGGGAAAGGUCACCCCAGUUGUCCUCAAACUGUUAGCAAAUCAGUUAGCAAAUCAGAACCACCUGGAGGCCCUGUUGGACCACAGAAGGCCCAUGUCGGGUUUCUGAGGAGCAGGUCUGGGGCGGGGCCCAAAGAUGUCCUCUUCUGACAAGUUCCAGGUGCUGCUGCUGGUCUGGGGACCUCACUUUGAGAACCACCGGGUUAUAAAUCUCUAUGCCCACCCACUCUCAAAAAUCACAUGAUCAAGGAGAUUAAUGAAAGGUUAAUAAAGCAUCCAGUUUUCAUUUACGAAAGGCCAAAAAAGUGUUAUUUAAAAAUGUGGGCAGGCAUCAGCAAAUCCAUAGCCAGAUUACAGAACCAUUUUCUGCCCUUUCUAUGACUAACAAAAAUGAUCCAGAUUUCAGUGUCUACAUCCUCCCUUCCCCCAAGUACAUGUUUUCUGAGUUGAGAGAAAUCCCAGGCCAGAAAAAAACAAAACUUUUUUUUAGUGUUAUUUAUCUUGAGUAAAAUUGAAUUAUCAUUACUCAUUUUGGGGAGGGAGAUCUAGGAGAUCAAUUUUUUUAUAAUAAUUAACAUGUUAUUUACCUUUUUCAUGCUCAUUCUCUUAUAAGUGUAUGGUGGAGUUUUCCAGAAACUACAUGAUACGUGAUGAUGUCAUUGCUCUGAUGUUGACAUAUAAUGAACUUAUUACUAUUGUUUAUAAGAGAACUAAUAAAUAAUAUCUUUUAAAUUUAA